AAAUCCCACACGCACCACACACCGCCCUCUGCUUUUCCAUGGCCAUGGGUUCCUCUCUCGUUCACUCGACGCACUGAGCUUCUGGGACUGGCCAUUGCCCUCCCCCUCAUGGCUCUCCUGUCCCUCUCUCCCUCUCCCUCUCCCUCUCCCCCUCCCCCGUCGCUCCACCCCCCGCCGCCGCACCCCACCGUCUCUCUCCUCCGCCCUCCUCUUUCGCUCUCCUCUGUCUCCCCCUCCUCUCACUUCUCUCCGGAGCGACGCACCCGGAGAAGAGCCCGAUGCGCCAACAGGAGAGAACGAGCUCCUCCUCCUCCUGCUGCUGCGACGUCGUCGUCGCCGCCUUCGAGCUCCGACCCCAAGAGGGGUGUCGCCCUCUACAAGCCCAAGUCGUACGAGGUCCUGGUCGCCGAUGCGGCCAAUUCUCUCGCUUUCGCUCUCGAAGAUGGCAAGACCCGACUGGAGAUUGAUUUCCCGCCCUUGCCAAGCGAUAUGUCUUCUUUUAAGGGCUCUUCAGAUGACUUCAUUGAGGCAAACAUUCAACUUGCAUUGGCUGUCGUAAGGAAACUUCAAGAGAAGAGGGAAACCAGAGCCUGCAUUGUUUUCCCGGACAAGCCAGAGAAACGUAGAGCCACCGAGCUUUUUAAGACAGCUCUCGAUUUGAUUGAUGGCAUAACAGUUGGUUCCCUGGAUGAUGUACCUAGUGGCCCUGUCACUACGUUCUUUAAGUCCGUGAGGAAUACUCUGGAUUUCGACUUUGAGGAUGAAAAUGAAGGUCGCUGGAAGUCAGACGUACCCCCAACACUAUAUAUGUUCCUGAAUUGCAGCACUCGUGAACUUUCAGUUAUCGAAAAAUAUGUGGGCCAAUUUGCCAAGUCAACUCCAGCGCUCUUGUUCAAUUUGGAACUUGAAACCCUGCGAGCUGACUUAGGCAUUCUGGGAUUUCCAAGCAAAGAUUUGCAUUACCGAUUUCUUUCUCAGUUCACUGCAGUGUUCUUUAUUAGAACUAGAGACUACUCGAAGACAGUUGCAGUAGCACCUUACAUUAUCAAUUUCAGUGGAGCGCUUUUUCGCCAAUAUCCUGGGCCAUGGCAGGUGAUGCUUAAGCAAGCAGAUGGUUCAUAUGCGUGCGUGGCAGAGAGUACCACGCGCUUUACACUAGGCGAAACCAAGGAAGAACUACUGAGGGUCUUGGGACUGCAAGAAGAGAAAGGAAGCUCACUAGAAUUUCUUCGUAGAGGCUACAAGACUGCUACUUGGUGGGAAGAAGACAUAGAGUUGGAAGUUUCGUCGGCAUGGCGUAGUUGAGCUCCAUCAACAGAAAGUUUGACUAGGAUUAUAAUGAUGAAGGUAAAUGGUAAAUGCACUCGAACUGGACUGGGCGUUGCAUGUCAUAUGAUCCUACUUUUUGCAACUCUUCGAUUAUUUUGUUUGGUAUAUCCUCACAUAUUUUACUUGAUUCUUUUGACC